AGACCAAGUGAAACAGAUGAUUUAGCUUUACUGUCGAUAUUAGAUGAGAAAACUAUAGUAGAAAAUUUGAAGCAAAGAUAUAUCAAAAAUGAAUUUUAUACGUAUAUUGGUGACAUAUUAUUGUUUAUUAACCCGUUUAAAACUGUCGAUAUCUAUGGAAAAUCGGAUCACAAACAGUACACCAAUGUUUCAGUCCGCAGUAACUUAAAACCCCACAUAUUCUGGAUAGCCGAUCACACGCAUCUUCGCAUGCUUAGUUCACACAAAAGUCAAAAUAUAGUUGUCAGUGGAGAAUCGGGAUCUGGAAAAACAGAAAGUGUGAAGCAUAUGAUAAGCCAUGUCACUUAUAAGAGUGAGAGCAUUCAUCCAUUUUUGGACGUCAAAAUAAAUGAGGUUAGAAACAAUAUUUCUUUGUGUUGGUAUACUUUUUUGUAA